AUGUCCUUUCUGUCCUCUCUUUUCACAAGCACAGAGGAACAAAUUCAACAAGAAUUCGAUCUGGGCAUUCAACCACUCCGUUCUCGGAAAUGGGCUCACUUCAACUGGAGUCACAUCUUGUUAGACAUUUCAGGACCUUUUCACUCCACCAAAUGUCUUCCCAAAGAAACGUUCCGAGAAAUUCUUCAAUUCAACGACAUGGAAAUGUUAAUUGGACAGAUUUUUUCAUUGCUCUAUGUGGCAGCUGAUCGAUGUAAAGAAUCAGUCUCACCUAAAGCACAAUUAACACUUCGGAAUGGACUUGUAUUGAUCUAUCAAAUGAUGAAGAAUUAUGUGGAUCUUUUAUGGGAGCAAUAUGAGAAGGAGGAUGUGAAUGUUGAUGUGAAAACUGGAAGUCGUCGUCGUUGUGAUGAAGACAAUGAUGAUGACGAUAAUAAUAGUAAUAAUAAUAACAACAAUUCAGUUCAAAAGAGCAACGACAACAACAACAAUGGCACUGCUCUUUUAAUGUCAACAACAAUAGCCACAUCAACCAUGUCCACACAGAUUCAUUUAGAUCCUCCUCAUUUUCAAAAUGAUUUUUACAAGAACAUGUUACGAAUUUUGCUCAUGUCUGGGGAUGAGAGAGUGUUUCGAGAGGAUGUGAUUGAGUGCUCGAAUUUCAUGUUGGCAUUCUUGUUGAGUGAUCGAAUUUAUGGACCUUUGUUUUUAAUGUAUGUCAAUGAGUUGAGAUUUCAAAAUUCAACUCUUGAGGCACUCUUUUUCAAUUCACUCGAUCGACUGUUGUGCUAUCAGAAACGACCAGAAUUGCACAUUUGUUUGCCACAUGUUUAUAGCAUUUUGUGGAGUCUCUUUAGUUACUCGAAUUUCAAUAAUCGAAUCUUUCUUGAAAUGAUUCCACAACGAAGAAAUGAAAAUAAGAAUCUCAGCAAUUUCUUGAGUCUAUUUUUAUUGCAUGUGAAGAAGUACUCGAUGCAUAAUGGUGGCUCUAAUCCAUCUCAAAAUGGAAAGGUCUCAAAUUUUGGAGUAUUUAUUCAAAACAAUGACACAGAAAUGCUCACUCGACACGAAUACUCUACUUGCAAUUAUGCGUUACAAAUGUUGCUCAUUUUCACUUUGAACAAUCCAGAAUUUCGAUGUUUAUUUUUCGAUCAUGUGAAAUCAGUGCCACUGUUUUGGGAUAUGCUUCUCUCGAGAGUUUCACAAAAUUUAAACAAGAAUGCCUUUUUCAAAACGAUGGAAGACCAACAAUGGUUGAAACAGAGUAUUCUCAUCAUGAGAUUAUUAUAUGUAGCGGUUCAGAGUGAUUUGAUGCGAGAGAGACUACUCUCAGAAUUUGCGUCAGAAAAACAAGAAAAGGAUUUAUUGGAAUCAUUAUUCUAUUCGAAUAGUGACAAGAAAGAGGCCAUUAUUUCAGGACGAUUAUUCUCUUUUAUCAAGUGGAUUUCUGUCAUUUCCACAAAUAAUGUCACAAAAAAACAAAUUCAAGUGAUUGAAUCUGUUGAAACGAAUAAUGAAAGUUCAAAUACGGAAACAAACACAACAACGAGAAAAGAAAUUAUGGUCUUUGUAGACUCUGACAUGACAUGUCUCACUCUCCGAAUGCUUCUCGUGAUUGCGAGAAAAAAUCGAGAGGUACUUUUGAACGAAUUAAUGGCCAUUAAGGACUUUUCUGAUUUUUUCAUGACCACUCUGAUUGUGAAUUUGAGAACCAUUUCAGACAUGGUGACAUUUAUGACACCUCUAUGUGGAAAGAAGACCAGUGAGAUGAUGCAUGGAGAUUCCUCAAAAGAGUUUUCCAACGGUGAAACCAUUGUUCACAUGUGUCAAGUAUUCAAACAAAUCGCCAAUAUUGUGAUUUCCAUUUUGAUUGAACUCAUUAUGGGAAAUGCACCCUUGGCAUUGAUAGAAAGUAAGACUUUUCAUGAUGGAUCCAACCAAAGCAUUGCCAGUGACAUGGACUCGAUUUCUGACGACAUUUCCAACCUCGAUAGCAAUCGUACGACUGCAGGAUCCUCUUCAAUCGCGGCUUCAACGACCAUCACGACCAACAAUACCAUCACAAAUCCAGAAACCAUUGAAAAGAACAAGCAACUUCUCUCUCUUCAUCGUUCUCUCAUGAAAUACGAAAAGAGCAUUCAUUUGGCACGUGAAGCAUUUGAACCUGUGUGUCGAUUCUUCGCUCACCGAAGAGAGAGCAAGGCAACAUCAGGUGGAGAUGAAGUUUGGGAUCGUCAUCCUCCUCGCCAACAACAUGUUCAGAGAGAAGAACUGGAGGAAGAAUCGGAUCAUGUUCUUCUCGACAACUUGAUUCAAUUAGUGGCCUAUGCACAAUAUUUUAAGAAUCGAUAUGGAGAAUCUGAUGCGUAG